AUGGCGGAACCCGAAUGGUUCCGUGACCUGGCGUUUCACGUUGACCUAACUAACCACCUGAACAUUCUGAAUAUGGGCCUGCAGGGGAACGCUCGCUUGAUCACAGAGAUGUACGACAGCGUCAGAGGUUUUGUGAGAAAGUUGGAACUUUGGGAGAAACAGCUAACGUCGAAGGAUUUCUUCCACUUUCAUGGUCUAAAAGCCGUUGACUGCAAGAACGAGGAAACCCUUCUUCUUAGAGAAGACGUUAAGCCCGAGCUCCAAAUGAAACUAAUAGAUCUCCAGUGCAAUUUCACAUUGCGACAAAAGUUUGGCGAAAUCGGCGCUCCCGAGUUCUACAAAUAUGCAGGCAGGAAAUCGUUUCCCUGCCUGAUGUCUGACGUCAGUCGUGUUCUGUCGAUGCUUGGAAGCACACACGUAUGCGAGCAGUUCUUUUCAAUCAACAAGACUAAGCUGAUGUCCGAGCUGUCUGAUGACCAUCUUCGAGCCCAGUUGAGAAUUGCCAAUGCGGUCAACCUACAAGUGGACCUCGGGAAUCUGGUGAGGAAGAAGAGGCCUCAAGUGUCGUUAGCGCAUCAUUAG